UCCUGCUUUCCUUCAACUUCCUCCCACGCGGGAAACCGCUUCCAUAGACCCGCCAUGGAUCAAUCAAACAUCCCUCUCAACAACUCCACAGCCCGCGAAGAGACGGGAGAGAAGACUUACGCCGCCAUCCACCCCUCAGGUCAUGUCGGGCGCGACAGUGACAGCGCCAAUACCACUAGUGAUGACAGCGGCGAGGCCACCACCGCAGUCCACACACCCGAAAAACGUCACGACGGUGGAGUCAAUGUUUCUCGCGCCGUGGCCGAUUUCGCUGAGCUCAAUCGCGAGCUUUCGAGAACCAGCCAUCUGAGCCGUGUCCAGUCGCGCCGCAGUCAAAAGGGCGCCAAUGAUGUCGAAAAGGCCGUGGAUGAGUCCUCCGAAGAGCCUUUCGACCUCCAAACCGUGCUCAGGGGGAACCGUGACGAAGAAGAGUUGGCAGGUAUCAAAUCAAAGCAAAUAGGUGUAUCCUUUGAUGGCUUGACUGUCCGUGGUAUUGGUGGUGUGAAGAACUAUGUGAAGACCUUCCCGGAUGCCUUUGUAUCUUUCUUCAACGUAUACGAGACGGCCAAAAACUUGUUCGGACUUGGCAAGGGAGGCCGCGAAUUCGAUAUCCUCAAGGACUUCAAGGGAGUGGUCAAGCCCGGUGAGAUGUGUCUGGUCUUGGGCCGCCCUGGAAGCGGAUGCACUACCUUCUUGAAAGUCGCUUCGAACCAACGUUUUGGAUACACCGACGUCAAAGGAGCGGUCAAGUAUGGACCUUUCGAAAGCCAAUUCUUCGAGAAGCGAUACCGAGGCGAGGCCGUCUACUGCGAGGAAGACGAAAACCACCACCCUACGCUGACCGUCGGUCAAACCUUGGACUUCGCCCUAGAAACAAAGGUCCCCGGAAAGCGCCCAGCCGGUCUCUCUCGACAGGACUUCAAGGAGCGCGUCAUAGAUCUUAUGCUGAAGAUGUUCAAUAUCGAGCACACCCGCAACACCAUUGUCGGCAACCCCUUCGUUCGCGGUGUUUCUGGAGGCGAACGUAAGCGUGUAUCCAUCGCUGAGACUAUGAUCACUGGAGCAAGUGUUAUCAGCUGGGAUAAUUCGACUCGUGGUCUCGACGCCUCCACGGCCGUCGAUUAUGCUCGAUCCCUCAGAGCAUUGACGGAUAUUUACAAGACAACCACCUUUGUCUCACUAUACCAAGCCUCGGAGAACAUCUACAACUGCUUUGACAAGGUUUUGGUCAUUGACAGUGGCAGACAGGUCUACUUUGGCCCCGCGAAAGCAGCCCGCGCCUAUUUCGAAGGCCUUGGAUUCCUCGAGAAACCCCGUCAAACUUCACCCGAUUACCUCACUGGAUGUACGGAUCCAUUCGAACGCGAGUAUGCUGCCGGAAGAAGUGAAAAAGAUGUCCCGAGUACCCCAGAGGACCUCGCAGAAGCGUUCCAGAAGUCGGAAGUCGCAGCUCAGAACAACACCGAAAUGACUGAGUACCACGCUCAGAUGGAUCAACAGAAACACGUGUACGAUGAUUUCGAAAUUGCUGUCAAGGAAGGCAAGAGGCACGCUUCCAAGAAGUCUGUUUACAGCAUUCCCUUUUACCUCCAGGUGUGGGCUUUGGCGAAGCGUCAGUUCAUUCUCAAGUGGCAAGACAAGUUCAACCUCGUGGUCUCCUGGAUUACCUCCAUCGUUAUUGCUAUAAUCGUCGGUACUGUUUGGCUUGAUAUCCCAAGAACAUCUGCUGGAGCCUUCACCCGUGGUGGUGUUCUGUUCAUCUCCCUACUGUUCAAUGCUUUCCAGGCCUUCUCCGAGCUAGCUUCCACCAUGAUAGGACGGCCAAUAAUCAAUAAGCACCGCGCCUUCACCUUUCAUCGACCGUCUGCCCUGUGGAUAGCGCAAAUUGGUGUGGAUCUCCUCUUCUCGUCUGUCCAAAUUCUGGUAUUCUCCAUCCUUGUCUACUUUAUGACAAACCUAGUACGCGAUGCAGGCGCCUUCUUCAUCUUCUUCUUGAUGAUCGUUACCGGUUACCUCGCCAUGACUUUGUUCUUCCGUACCAUCGGUUGUUUGUGUCCUGAUUUCGAUGUCGCCAUUCGCCUAGCUGCUACCAUCAUCACCCUCUUUGUCAUUACGUGUGGCUAUCUGAUCCAAUGGGAUACUCAACAAGUCUGGCUUCGGUGGAUCUUCUACAUCAAUUCCUUGGGUCUCGCCUUUUCGUCUCUUAUGAUGAAUGAGUUCGGUCGUAUUGAUCUGACAUGCGAAGGACAGAAUCUGAUCCCCAGUGGUCCUGGAUACAACGACAUCAAUGCACAGGUCUGCACGCUCCCAGGGAGCAAAGCUGGCUCAGAUCAGGUCUCUGGAACGGACUAUAUUCAGUUCGCCUUCUCCUACGCCACUGGCGACCUCUGGCUGAACUGGGGCAUCACUGUUGUUCUAAUCGUCGCAUUCCUGUGCGCUAAUGCAUUUUUGGGCGAAUUCAUCAUGUGGGGCGCCGGUGGUCGAACCGUCACCUUCUUCGUGAAAGAAAACAAGGAAUUGGCUGAACUGAAUGCAAAACUGCGCGAAAAGAAGGAUAAGCGAAGCCGAAAAGAAGAAAUGACGGAUGCCAGUGAUGGAUUGAAUAUCACUUCGAAGGCUGUGCUGACUUGGGAAGAUUUGUGUUACGAUGUACCGGUUCCGUCUGGUGAACUGCGUCUCUUGAACAACAUUUACGGAUAUGUAAAACCAGGACAACUGACAGCUCUUAUGGGAGCUUCUGGUGCUGGCAAAACAACCCUUCUGGACGUACUCGCGGCGCGUAAGAAUAUCGGAGUCAUCAGCGGCGACAAACUUAUCGACGGAAAAGCUCCUGGCAUCGCGUUUCAGCGUGGUACUGCUUACGCUGAACAACUGGACGUACACGAGCCGGCCCAGACAGUUCGCGAGGCUCUCCGUUUCAGUGCCGACCUGCGACAGCCUUUUGAGACCCCACAGGCCGAGAAAUAUGCCUAUGUCGAAGAAGUUAUUGCCCUCUUGGAAAUGGAAGACAUGGCAGACGCCAUCAUUGGCGAUCCCGAAAGCGGACUGGCUGUCGAGCAGCGCAAACGUGUCACUAUUGGCGUUGAAUUGGCUGCCAAGCCCGAGUUGCUUCUUUUCCUUGACGAGCCUACCAGUGGUCUUGACUCCCAGAGUGCUUUCAACAUUGUUCGAUUCUUGAAGAAGCUCGCAGCGGCUGGCCAGGCCAUUCUGUGCACAAUCCAUCAGCCCAACAGUGCCCUCUUUGAGAAUUUCGACAGACUCUUGCUUUUGCAAAAGGGUGGGCGAUGCGUCUACUUUGGUGACAUUGGCAAGGACGCUGCCGUAUUGUUGGACUACCUUCGUAAGAAUGGCGCCGACUGCCCCAGCAACGCGAAUCCUGCAGAAUUCAUGCUGGAUGCCAUAGGCGCCGGUUCAGCUCCUCGUCUCGGAAGCCGUGACUGGGCUGAUGUUUGGGCCGACAGCGAGGAGUUCGUUGAAGUGAAGAACGACAUCAUUCGCACCAAGGAAACUAGAAUGACUGAAGUCGGCAACGCAGAACCUCAAGAUCAAAAGGAGUAUGCCACACCUUUGUGGCAUCAGAUCAAGUUGGUAAACAAGCGCAUGAAUCUCUCUUUCUGGAGGACACCAAAUUAUGGCUUUACUCGUCUGUUCAACCACAUCAUUUUGGCGUUGAUCGCCGGUCUCGCCUAUCUGCAACUCGAUGAUUCGCGAACGUCUUUGCAGUACAGGGUUUUCGUUGUAUUCCAAGCCACCGUACUACCGGCCCUCAUUCUUGCUCAAGUCGAACCCAAGUAUGCUGUCGCUCGAAUGAUCGCGUACCGUGAACAGAUGUCGAAAGCUUACAAAGCGCUCCCAUUCGCCAUCUCAAUGGUUGUUGCAGAGCUACCGUACAGCAUUUUGUGUGCUGUGGCCUUCUUCCUGCCCCUUUACUACAUCCCCGGAUUGAACCCUGCAACGAGUCGCGCCGGAUACCAGUUCCUGAUGAUCCUCGUCUGCGAGAUUUUCAGUGUGACCUUGGGACAGGCCGUUGCCGCUUUGACACCAUCGCCUUUCAUAGCCGCGCUUUGCAAUCCGUUCAUCAUCGUCGUCUUCUCUCUCUUCUGCGGUGUCACUAUCCCCAAGCCCCAAAUCCCCGGUUUCUGGAGAGCGUGGCUUUACGAGCUCGAUCCCUUCACUAGGCUCAUCGGUGGUAUGGUGGUCACGGAGAUGCACGAACGCUCCGUGCAGUGCACGCCGCUCGAAUUCAACAGGUUCCAGGCACCCGACGGUCAGGAGUGCGGUUCCUACAUGGAAGAUUUCUUCGCUAAUGGCGCUCCUGGUUAUCUUCGGAACAACGUUACCAACAUGUGCGAAUACUGCGCGUUCAAAGUCGGCGACGAAUUCUACACACCACUUGGCUAUGACUUCGCCAACCGCUGGAGGGACUUUGGCAUCUUCACUGCUUUCAUUGGAUCGAAUUUGAUCAUCAUUUUCCUUGCAGCUCGCUACCUCAACUUCAACAGAAGAUGA